AUGAAUCCAGCAGACUCAGCAACAAGAGGAGUCGAUAAGGACGACAUGACUGACCAUAUGUGGUGGAAGGGACCAAAGUUUAUCCUAGAUCCAAUAGAGCAAUGGCCAAAGACAUGCCCUCUCUUCAAGAUACCAGAUGACGUGGAGAACGACAGCUGCGCGCUCCCAGUAUCGUCGGCGACAAGAACUCACAUUAUGGAACUACUGGACUGA